AUGCUUCUGUGGUACUUUACCCGGAGAAACUGCCACCGAUCAAGAAACAAUACUGCUCUUCGAUAAAUAAAAAGUCUGGUCAUGGAUACCUGAGAAUAAGAGGAUGCCACACACCCGAAUGAGCGCUGGUGUCUUAGCCAGAUACUUCAGGGUUUCACUUUACACAAGGCUAAUCUGAUGACUUUUGCUACUUGACCUAAUCUAUUGGUCGGAAUUUAAAACCUGUUAUUGUCACGGCAGAGAAAGAUGUCCGGGAUUUCAGGCAGAGCUUCAGUCCCUCAGCCUCCGCCGACAAAAACCGUCGUGAUGUACCGCAAUGGGGAUGCUUUCUUUCCCGGCAGGAAGUUUGUGAUCAACCAGAGGCACAUGUCAACUUUCGACACGUUUCUGGGCUCAGUAACUCAGCGGGUGGAGGCGCCUUUCGGUGCUGUGAGAAACGUGUAUACUCCGCGGGAUGGGCACCGGAUUUUGGAUUUGGAGCAUUUACAGCACGGAGAGAGAUACGUAGCUGCCGGGGCAGAGCGAUUUAAAAAGCUUGACUAUCUUCACAUAACAACAAAGAAACCACAGCGAAAGAAGAAUGAACUGAUACGACCUGUGAUUCACAGCAGAAUAAUCGUUUCUGCAAGAUGGAAGAAAGUUUUGCAUGAGUCAUGUACUAUCAAUGUUUUUACAAAUGGGGAUAUCUUGGUUCCUCCAGCUCGAAUACUAAUACCAAAGUAUACCCUGAGAAACUGGGANCGGGUGCUCGCCAUGGUAACAGAGAAAGUGCACCUACGUACAGGAGCAGUACAUAGACUAUGCAUGUUAGAUGGGACACCAUUACUUGGUUCAGUUGAACUGGAACAUAACCAGUACUAUGUUGCUGUGGGAACUGAAAAAUUUAAACUCUUGCCAUACUUUCAGUGGGUUCCCAGUAAAGGAACUAUGAGAGACACAGGCCAUGGGUUCUACAAUGCAUUGCUACCUCCAUUAAGAAAGGACAAGAUAAAAGACAUGUAUUCACCUGAGGGGGGAGACAGUGACUCUGCUAUCUUAUCCUCUCCUCUUCAGUCCAUGGAUCGGAGAGGUCCAUCAAUUGGGCACUUGAGAGACCACACAGACUCCUUUUUCUACGCUAAGGAAGAGAGGGCAAAACAAUCCAAACAGUCUUCAAAAUUCCCAAAUCUACUCUCGACAGGGGAGGGAAGUGUGUUCAAAGCUAAACACAAGAGGAAGGAAACUCAAGGAGCUUAUGAGGUUCAAGAAGACAGUCAUAUGAAGGUGGACUUGCCUAUUGAUCAGGUCAUAGCCAAAAUUGUUGAAGAAGAACAGAUUGACAGUGGCAAUCAACUUCAAAAAGAGCAUAAAGCAAGGGAAAGCCGCAGUCCCUAUAAGAUACUUCUGAAGGAUGGCAAGCAAGCCAGCAUUCCAAGUAUCCAAACGACACCUUCACCUCAAAAUACCUCUGAUCCUAAACACCCACCAAAACAAGACUGUGAGUUAUCUGGAGACUUCAAAAAGACUUCUGCUGACAUUUCUCAGGAGCAACAUAGACAGCGACAGCGACAACCCAAGGGUCUGGAAAAAAAUGAGAAAGAUUCCAGAUCUGCCAACUCUUCACUGAAGAAAAGACAUAAAGGUGGACGGAGUUCUACCUCCCUGACAGCAACUGAUCAAGAGCUACCUGGAAGUUUGAAAGAGGAAGCAAAAGAGCAGGAGAGGUUCUCAAACCUGUUUGGAAUACGGUUACCGAUGUCUGACGUUUUCAAGGACAAAACCAAGAAGUGACCUGGUUCAGAGCUUGUCGGAGAAUAUAAAGAAAACUCUUGAAUCUCCCAGCGAAGAGACAACGCGAGAUCCAUGUAUGUCUCAGUAAUAAGAUCUCAUGUAUAAAAU